AUGCAGUCCGAGAAGGCCCCUGAGCCUACAAGUGGGACCUUGAGUCCAUCGCCCGCUGAGCAAGGGACAUUCGAAGAGACCCAUGUCACUGCCGUUCGUGCGACGAACCGUCUGCAGCGCUAUGCUAAUCGUCUGGAUGCGCUCGUCGGCAUCGAGGCCCGUGGUAUUGAGCGAGUGCCUCCUGAGCUGCGUGAGCGCAAGCUGGCGUUGGGAGACUAUUUUGGGAUUGGUGUAAUGUGGUUCAGUAUCAACUGCACUGCCAAUCAAAUGACUCUAGGCGUGCUCGGCCCGGUGGCCUACGGUCUAGGACUUGUCGACAGCAUGUUGCUCUGUACCUUCGGAACUAUAUUUGGAUCAGCCUGCUCUGGAUACAUUGCGAGCUUUGGACCGUGGUCUGGCAACCGAACUCUCGUCGUGGCAAGAUACAGCAUGGGAUGGUGGCCGUCCAAGAUCUGCGUCAUCCUGAACUGGGUCAUCGAGAUUGGGUAUGGUCUGGUUGACUGUCUAAUUGCUGGACUGUUGCUUUCUGCCGUCAACGGGCAUGGCAUGUCUCCUAUUGUCGGGAUCGUUGUUUCUGCUUUGAUUACGUGGCUCGUGGCGACCUUUGGCAUUAGAUGGUUCCAUACCUUCGAAAGAUGGGUUGCGGUACCAACUGUACUGGUCCUGUUCAUCUUGAUCGGCGUUGCUGGUCCUGAUUUCGAUACCUCCACACCUUCAAGCGGAUCAGGAGCGACUCUUGCCGGCAAUCGACUGAGCUACUUCUUCCUUACGGCAUCUGGUCCUCUAGGGUGGGUUCCUGCUGCGGCUGACUUCUUCGUCUACUAUCCAGAGAACACUUCUCGUGUUGGCAUGUGCUUCAUGACCACGGCAGGUAUGACCUUGGGAAAAUUGUUGAUCGAGUUCCUUGGUAUUGGCCUGGGAUCCGGGCUUGCGGCCAAUGCAGACUGGGCAACCGCAUUCGAAGGCUCCGGCGUUGGUGCAUUGGUCGUGGCAGGUUAUGCUCCGCUCGGAAACUUUGGCAAAGUCUGCGCCGUCGUCCUUGCUCUUUGUGUGGCCGCCAACAACAUUCCAGGGACUUAUGCAGCGGCCCUGAAUUUCCAACAGCUCUUCACCCCUCUUGCCAAGGUGCCUCGACCUAUAUGGACCACCGUGGCAGCCGUUAUCUAUACCGUCUGCGCCAUUGCGGGCCGAAACCACUUACUUUCCAUCUUCCUCAACUUUCUGGGUUUGAUUGGCUACUGGGUCGUCAUCUGGAUAGCUAUGGUUGUGGAAGAUGAAUUCAUCUUCCGUCGCAAAACAGGAUUCCGAUGGCAAGACUAUUCGGAUAGUAGCAAGCUACCUCUUGGUAUUGCUGCUUUCACGAGUUUUCUGAUUGGCUGGGCUGGGGCCAUCGUCUGUAUGGGCCAGACCUACUACUAUGGUCCGAUAGCGAGAAUGGUGGGAGAAUAUGGUGCUGAUCUCGGCUUGCCUGUGGCCCUUGCAUGGACUGCGAUUUGCUACCCUCCAUUGAGAAUGCUGGAGCUCAAGUUUGUCGGACGAUGA